UAACUGUAACUGUAACUGUAACAGUAACAGAAAAUCUCUCUGCAGACAGCUCAGGUCGCUAAUUCCUCUCUGCAGACAGGGGCAGGCUCUUGGUCUUUACGAGUCAAUCUGCAAAGCAGCUUUUACUCAUCACACUUGAUAUGACACGUGGCAAGAGAUCGGCAAUUGGAGUUUUCAUCCUCAGGGGCAUCGGCGGUACAAGCUGCAUUGCAUGGAGAUCCCGACCUGACAGACGUUCACGCUGUGGAUCAGAUCAGAUCAAAGUUUCAGAUCAGAUCAGAUCAGAUCAGACUGGAUCAGAUCAGAUCAGACUGGAUCAGAUCAGGUCAGAUCAGGACAGAUCAACAGCAGAGCAGAGACUACAGAGAUGGUCACUAACACCCCUCUCAUACUCGAUUUCUUUGCCUCCGGUGGUGGAUAAGCAGCUGCUGCUUCAAAUGGGUAAACCAAAAAAUUGAUUGAUUUACAUUUCGUUAUAUAAUUAGAGUGGUUCAUCAUGAGGCUGUCAUUUUGUUGGAGGUCUGUGGCUGUAAUCGUGGCGCUGUUCAUCACAGGGCAGCUCAUUGUCUACCUGGUAGACGUCGCUCAUAUUGCAGAUCACCUCAGCAGGCUCGAAAGACUAUCGUCUUUACACAAUCGCUUCUCCUACAGAAUGUUGAUCUAUUACAACAACACGUCGGGCACCAAGCUCUUCUAUUACAACAACACGUCGGGCACCAAGCAGGAAGAGCUUUCCCAUCAAGAAUACGCGAAUACCCCUUUACAGCAAAGCUACGGUCACGAAACCGUUCAUGUCCAUCAGAACAACACUCAGCCGCCGUCAGGUGCAGAGAGUCCAGGCGGAGCCUCCUCAUCGCCAGACGUACUCUUCUCUUCAUCAUCAGUCCCUUCUGGAGGCAACAAUGAUGAUCGUCACGUUGCCACAUCCACAACCGAGAUGGUAGACACCAUAUCUGCUGUUGGAAAGAAGCAAGAUGGCAACAAAGAAGAGUUGUCCUCAGAGUCAUUGGCAAAUGAUGAAGCAGUAAACACGGACGGCACAGAUGAAUCGUCAGGUGAAGAGAGGACAGAUGACAUCAUCUUCAACAAACGGGACAGAAUACCUACACGAGACAAGGACCUGGCCAACCUCCCUUACAUGCAUACGAAAGCACUGAACGAUAGCGAGUUGCAGCUUGCGAUCUCCUAUCUUAAUGAUUAUGAACCCAUCAAUGGAUCGUCGCCAUCCAUAGCCAAUCACGGCGACAAAACCACACAAUUCUCUCCAUCCGAGCGAAGAGCCGAAGACUUGACCUCCUCCUCCUCCUCCUCCCCCUCCUCCUCCUCCUCAUCAGCUUCCGCCUCUUCGUCUAGAAAAAGCAAGGCUUCCGAUGAACCAGAGGUAGAAGAGGAGCGCUUCUCAUCCUCCUCUAAGACUUCCUCCUCCUCCUCCUCCUCCUCCUCCUCCUCGUUCUCUUCGUCUAGAGAAAGAAAGGUCGCUGGUGAACUGGAAGGUGUAGGUCACAACGACGGAGAUGGUGAUACAGAUAGAAGGAAUGAGGAUGGUGGGGAUGGACAUCAAGGAUCAGAAGAACAAGCAGCAGUUGAGGGUAUCCCUUUCCCCACGGUGAACGGUGCAGUGGCAGUGGAUGGUACCUUCCCUAAGUCCCAUGAUGAUUUCAUUGCAGUUGGUGAGGACGAUUAUUCCCAAAUGGCAGGUAAUCCAAGGAAUGACUCAGAUGGGAACUCCUGGGAGCCCUAUUCGGUUAUUCCCGUAGUGAUGAGCAAACUAUCUGUGGGACCUCCUGGGAGCCCUAUUCUUGGUCCCUGGCGCCAAGGACGACACAAAUGGCGCUCUAUCGGCCGCGUAUCAGAGGACCUGUUGAGUGUUACUGUUGCUGUUACUGUUACUGCCACCGUCACUGUUACUGUUCCUGUUACUUCUGUUGCUGUUACUCCUGUUGCUGUUACUACUGUUGCCGUUACCUCUAUUGCCGUUACUCCUGUUGCUGUUACUCCUGCUACUGUUACCGUUACUGUUACUCUUACUGUUACUGUUACCGUUACUGUUGUUGUUAUUGUUACUGUUACUGUUACUAUUAUUUUUACUGUGUUACUGUUAUUAUCGCUGUACUGUUACUUUACUAUUACUGUUAUUGUUACUGUUACUGGUGCUGUUACUGUUACUGUUACUGUUACUGUUACUGUUACUGUUACUGUUACUGUUACUGUUACUGUUACUGUUACUGUUACUGUUGUUGCUGUUGCUGUUGCUGCUACUGCUGUUGCCGUUACUUUUGCUGCUGUUAUUGCUGUUGCUGUUACUGCUGCUGCAACUGUUACUGUAGCUGUUGCUGUUACUGGUGUUAGUGUUGUUGUCGUUACUGCUGCGGCUGUUAUUGUUGGUGUUUUUACUGUUGCUGUUAUGGUUGCCGUUGCGGUUGCUGUUACAGUUGCUGUUACGGUUGCUGUUACGCUCGCUGUUAUGGUUGCUGUUGGGCUCACUGUUAUGGUUGCUGUUACACCUGCUGUAACUGUUGCAGUUACUGCCGUUGGUUUUACUGCUGAACUGUAACUUCCAGGAGCAUGCUCCAACAACAACAAGAACAAAACAAUUCCAGACAU